AUGAUUCGUGGAAUUACAGUACCUCGUGCAAAUGUUGCCCCAGCAAUAUGUGACCCAGUGCAAUGGUCUGGAAACCUGCAAUUGGCUAUUAACAAUGGAUCGCUGUUGACGGUACUUGAUCCUGUACUACCAUCACUUCAUCUGAGUAUCGUUUCGCCCCAACUUUCUACUAUUCAUAACGGUAGCGAUUCAGGUUCCAACAAGCGCGAGAAAUCCCAAGCAGUACUCGACGCGCGUGUCUUGUUUGAUGUUACCGGUAUACUUCACGCGGAAGACAUUUCCACUUGGGAGCUUCGUAAAUUUCAAAACAUCGAAGUUUCAACCUAUGAUGAGCCAUUUUCUUUUGGUAAGUUCGCAGAUCCUUCUAUAGUUGCCCAUAAGUGGUCACCACUUCUGUCCCAAAGUAAGAAUGCUUACCUUGCCGUUCUUUUAAACACGUCCGAAUUGCUUAUUUUAGAAAGAACCGCGUCUGCAACCACGGCGUACUCCAUUAAAUACAAUGUAUUUGACCAACUUGUUAGUGAGCUAAACCUUGAAGAUACGAAUGAAAUCAAAGUUACAAAAGAUCAAUAUCUUUCCCUCAAGGUUGUGAGUUUUGAUAUUACAAAGAUCAAUCGCUCUGGUUCAUCUCUAAUGAUCUUGUCUUUAGGUUUAGCCGAUGGAUCAGUUUCAGUAUAUGCAAUGUUGGAUACAGGUCUCCAGAAAUUGGGUAAUAUCCCAUUUGACCCCAAUUCACCUGUGAUAAAGAUGGAAUGGUCAGAUUCGAUCACUGAACCUGGAUUAGAUGGCACUUUUCUUCAUAGCGCUUUUGUUGCGGUGGUGACAUCUUCAUUUGAAGUUCUGUCAAGAAGGAUAUACUUUUUUGAUGAUUAUAUUCAUUAUAACGAUAAGGCUACAGUUCAAGGAAGAUCACGUUAUAUGGUAUCACAAUUGCACUGGCACGGUGACCAUAUUAUUGUUGCAGAUACUAGGAAAAUUACAGUAAAUUCCGCGCAUGCUGAUGGGUUUUACACUCAAACAUACGAAUUAUCAAACAACUCGUUGGUUACAGGACUUAUAAUGUCGCGCCGUAGUGCAAACAUCUUGGAUAUCCAAGUUGCACAUGAAAGUGGUCAAUUUGACCAUGUUAGAUUUGAUAUACUACUCCCAUAUGUUUCACCAUAUCAAUUGGUGGAAAAAUCUUCGCUUUCCCCUCUUAAAAGGUUUGUAUCACAGUCCUUGUAUAAAUUUCAACUUUCCAACUCGAAUGCCGUGGGGAAUGAAGACAAUACAAACCAUCCAUAUCUUAAUGAUACUGUUGAAGGGAAAUUUAUAAACUUUGGAACAAAACUCCAUGAUGGUGUGAUUGCAAUUGUAAGCAGAGUAGUACCCAAGAGGGCUCUCAAUUAUACUAUUCUAUCUAAGGCAGAUUUCCAUGUUGAUUUCAUUCCACUUCAUACUUUGUAUCCACCCGAAACAAAGUUUAAAGAACACAUUGAACCAGGCACUGCCGUUGGUUGGUUUAUUCCUUUUUGGAUAAAAACUUUCCAAGAAAUUCCUCAAAUACCAGUAACUCAAUUAGAUCAACCAGAAUUGAUAAAGAGUUACCUAGACAAACUUGAUGCGUUUAAAUCACAAUAUUUUUCUUCAGGAAUCCCUAAUUUUGCCUUAGGAUAUGAUUUUUAUCAAGGCUUAAUGAUAAAUUUUAGUAACAAUGAAGAUGUUUUCCAAUUGCAAUUACGUUACAAUUUUAAUAAUAUCCUGUUGAAUACGUUUAACUUAAUAUCAAAUAAUGAGUUAAUUAAUGAUGCCAUCAAAUCGAUUAAUAUCGAAAAUUCAGAAAUUGAACAAACCAUAUUUAACCAAAUCGGUAAGAUUGUUUUAAGUGCUCAAAGUAGCGAAUUUGAAUUGGAUAAUUUCAUGAGAUUAAGUUAUUACGUAUUAUCUACAUUCCCAGAGAAAGAAAGUUAUUUCGAGAGUGAUCAAAUAUCAAACGAGUCAGAAGUAACCAUCAACACCCAGUUCUUAAGUGAGAGCUUUCGAGUUGAUACUAACGCACCUAUUACCCGUAAUCUGGUCAAAUCAUUUACAGAGCAUGAAUGGAGUAGAUGUAAGUUGACCUUAUUACCAUUGAUUCAACUAAACAAUAAAACGAGCGAGACUGGCUCAUUUAAUUAUGUUUUAGAUGAAUAUUAUUCUGACAGUUGGUUGGUUAAAGAAUUACUCGUAAACCUAAACUAUUGUGCCUACAGUGGUAAUAGAACCUUUAAGAAGAAGAAAUAG